AUCUGAGGUUCUGAUCAAUGCAACUUGGUCUUGUUUCUCCUGCACCACACCCCCCUCCCCAAAACGACCACCCUCGCCCAUGCAAACGGGCUCAACCUUGCUGUUAGAAACACUUUGACUUUUCUCGCCCGGGUAUCCGCGCGCAUCCAGUGCCCCGUGAUAUCCACUUCCUUCACCUUACCGCUCAACGCAAGCCUGGGGUGACUGUGGGGUAGUCAUGCUGUAGAAGUGUCUCUACAAGUCAAACAGCGGAGUGGAACUGAAGUUUGCGGUGCGCAUGAGUCGGACCAUGCAAGGACAACACAACAGAGGACUGAAGGAUCUGAGGCUGCUGCUUCUGUUCCUCUCCAUUGCCAUCCUCGCCUCAGCAGUGCACGCGGGUGGGAAGAAGCACACCGGCCCCUGUGCAGGAAGAGACUGCAGCGGAGGCUGUAAAUGUUUCCCAGAGAAGGGUGCCAGGGGUCAUCCUGGGCCUCUUGGGCCUCAGGGCCCCCAAGGGCCUCCAGGGAAGCCAGGUGAUAUGGGCAUCGAGGGACCAAAGGGGCAGAAAGGUGACCGUGGCCGCAGUGGUUUCAUAGGUCCCAAAGGAAAUGUGGGAAUGACUGGCGUUCCUGGGUUUUCUGGAAACGAUGGCAUUCCUGGCCACCCAGGACAGGCUGGGCCCAGGGGGAAGCCAGGUGCUGACGGCUGCAACGGGACACAGGGAGAAUCAGGGUUACCAGGGCAACCCGGUGCAAACGGUGCACCAGGUUUUCCUGGACAAGCGGGCUGGAAGGGACAGAAGGGAGACCCUCUGGACGUCAUUGUGUACAUGCAGCGCUUCAGGGGAGAUCCAGGCACGCCAGGGGUCAACGGAAUAUUUGGGCCUCCAGGAACUCCAGGAUGGCAGGGUAACAGAGGCAUCCCAGGACCGAAGGGUCCCCCAGGGCCUCCAGGUCCCCGUGGACCAAAGGGCACGAUGACCAAAGUGCUUAAGGGACACAAAGGAGACCAAGGGGACAUCGGACCGCAAGGGCCACCAGGAAACUCUACUCAUCAGCAGAUUCUGCCCCCCUACGGACCCACAGGACCUCGUGGAGAGAAAGGUCUGAAAGGAGAAAUAGGAGAUCCGGGUUUUCUUGAGGGUGGCAAAGGAGAAGCAGGUGUGAUAGGAUUCCCUGGAAACCGGGGUGAACCUGGUGCAGAUGGACGUCCUGGACCGAAGGGGGAUUUCGGUGACCCAGGACCAAAAGGCAGAGAUGGUCCUAAGGGGGUCAGAGGUGAAGCGGGAGAACUGAUUUCAUCAGGAUCAUUGCCUUGGUCAGGUGGUCCUCCCGGUCCUCCUGGUGAGCAGGGUCCACAGGGAGAGAGGGGCCCGGUUGGAGACCAAGGCUUCCAAGGACCCCCAGGACAAUCCGCCUAUGACACACAGCAACAAGUGUGGGAUUUCUUCGGGCCAUUUGGUUUCAAGGGGGAGCCGGGAGAGAAGGGCCAGCCUGGGGAACCAGGACGCCCUGCUGACAUUGCAGGACCCCCAGGCACCAACGGGCGCCCAGGGUCUAUGGGGCCUCCAGGACCCAAGGGAACAUGGGCUGAGUUCUUUAAAGGGGCGCCUGGUGGGAGAGGAAGGCCCGGCAAUGCAGGCUAUAAAGGAAUAAAAGGUGACCAUGGACUGUGUGAAUGCACCAUCAUGCACUCUUUACCGGGGCUACCUGGCCCUGCUGGUAAGCAAGGUGAUGCUGGGAUGACCGGUGAGUUUGGUCAGGAGGGUGAUGAAGGAGACACAGGUCCCCGCGGAGUCGACGGAUUCCCUGGACCUCCUGGCAUCAGCGGUGCGCCAGGCCCAAAAGGUCGUAAAGGGGCAGCGAGAGCGGCCUCACAGAAAGGAUAUCCUGGAGACCAAGGUGAUCACGGACGAGAUGGUGGGUCAGGUGCGCCAGGUGCUCCUGGACGAAAUGGUUUGCCCGGUCCCCCUGGGAGCCGAGGUCUUCCAGGAGAAGGUCCCAGAGGAGAACCCGGAGACAAAGGUUACCCAGGUCAGCGUGGUCGUCCCGGUGAACCCGGGCUACGUGGAAUUGAUGGUGAAGUCCUUGGGGGCGUCAAGGGCCAGCGUGGUUUACCUGGUGACGACGGCCACGCAGGCUAUGAUGGAGUUCCAGGAACACCUGGCAGCCCAGGCGGCUGUAGUCCGACAGGAAGUGGAGGACAGGUGGAUGUAACAGGUCCUUGUGAUGCUGUACCAGGACCUCCUGGGCUGCCUGGAUCUCCAGGACCCCCUGGAUUGCCAGGUGUCCCAGGUCCUGCGGGCUUAAAGGGACCACAGGGUCCAUAUGGAGCAGUCGGAGAGAAAGGAGAAACAGGAGAUCAGGGGAUAGGCGGUCGUCCUGGACCACCAGGUUUUGCCGGCCCCCGUGGAGACUUGGGAUUUCCUGGCGCUAAAGGUUCAGUAGGAGGCCCUGGUGUUACUGGUCUGCCUGGCCGGCAUGGGCCGCAAGGUCAAAAAGGUUUUCAUGGAGAGAUCUUGGGAGCAUCGCCUGGACCCCCUGGUGACAUAGGGCUGCCUGGGCUUCAAGGGAAUAAAGGCCAGACUGGAGAUCCAGGCGAUCAAGGCUAUCCAGGGAUGCCGGGCAUGCCUGGUAUGAUCGGCUUCAAGGGUGAGAGUGGCCCUCUUGGCCUGCGAGGGGAGGAAGGAUGGCCUGGGCCAGCGGGCAAGUAUGGCUUCCCUGGUGAUCCUGGCCAAGCGGGACCACCUGGGCCUCGUGGUGGUAUUGGACAGCCAGGUUUAACUGGGGAGAGGGGAGUUGAAGGAGACCCAGGUCCUCCAGGUCCAAUAGGAUUAAAAGGUGUCCCAGGACUGUACGGUAGUGUUGGUCCCACUGGAGAUUACGGCCCAUCAGGUGAACCAGGACAGACAGGUGUAGAUGGACGUCCAGGACUUGGAGGAAUGAAGGGAUACAAAGGGUCUCCAGGCAUGUCAGGUUUUGAGGGGAACAGGGGUAAUCAAGGUGCAAAGGGCUUCAGCGGGUCUGGUGGAGAACCUGGACUGCCAGGCCAAGCUGGCCUAAAAGGAGUGACUGGUCGAAACGGAGAGAAAGGUGAUCGUGGUGAUAGAGGACUACCUGGGGAGAAGCCUUACAUACCCCACCACAUGAUUAUUGACAUGAAGGGAGCCAAGGGAGACUAUGGGAAUUAUGGAAAUCAAGGUUUCACCGGACCAAGAGGGAAUAAGGGUAUGCCUGGUGUGCCGGGCUUGGAGGGAAGACAUGGUCUUCCUGGAGACCCCAGCCCUGUGAAAGGUGUCCAUGGAGAUCCUGGUGCAGAGGGGCUUCAGGGAAUAAAAGGAAUGCCAGGCCUCACAGGAAAUCGAGGAAUUGCUGGUUUUGAGGGAAUGUCAGGCAACAGGGGAAUUAAAGGCAGUCCUGGUGCCUAUGGUGCAUCAGGAGACAAAGGAAGGAAGGGCCCCAAAGGUGAGGGAGGCCAACGCAUAGACCUUCCAGGAGCCACCGGAUUGAGAGGAGAGGAAGGUUUACCAGGAGAACCAGGCCUGAAAGGAUUCAUUGGCCCAACAGGAGAAAGGGGUACACCUGGUUUUGAUGGGAUUGAAGGGAGAAAGGGAGAGUCAGGUGAUCCAGGAAUAUCAGGAUUCACAGGCCCUGAUGGGCAGAAGGGGACACCCGGUACCCAGGGUCAAAAAGGCUUUCCUGGAUUUCCUGGAAAAGACGGACAUCCAGGUAUUCCUGGCUUCCCUGGAAACAAAGGUUUCCCCGGCCUGAAAGGUCUUUAUGGAUUACAUGGACUGAAAGGACAAAAGGGCAACACGGGAACACCAGGUUUCGAUGUCACUGGACCAGCUGGAGAGCCGGGACCUAAAGGACAGAGGGGAGAGGACGGUGACCCCAACAACCAGCCAGGUUUUCCUGGCACAGUCGGUUUGAAAGGCUUCCAGGGACCUGAAGGUGACCAUGGUCGACCUGGACCGCCUGGAUUCCGUGGCCCUGUAGGACCAAGUGGGACCCCUGACAAACCAGGAUUAAGUGGGGAUCCUGGCUUCACAGGGCCUAAAGGGAACCAAGGUUUCCCUGGACCCAGAGGAUUCCCUGGUGUGGAUGCCCUCCCUGGAGAAAAGGGUGUACCAGGAUUUAAUGGGUAUCCUGGAGUCGCUGGUAGGAAAGGAUUCAAUGGGGAUCAAGGUCCAUUCGGAUACAGGGGGCCAAACGGUGUUUCUGGGAAGAAAGGAGUGAAAGGAGAGCAAGGAGUGAUGGGAGUUCCUGGUGUUAUCGGUCUGAAGGGAGAAAGAGGGUCACCUGGUCCAAAAGGAAACACUGGACCUCCAGGUUUCCGAGGGUUCCCAGGAAGCCAGGGUCCUCUUCCAAUUCCCAUCAGCAUUCCAGGAGAGAGAGGCCCUGCAGGACCGCGGGGUAUCCAAGGACCAAAGGGGGUCAUAGGGGAACCAGGGCCACAGGGCCCCCCUGGUGCUCCAGGUUUCAUGGGACCCAUUGGGCACAAGGGCAUGCCUGGGAUUAGUGGUAGACCAGGAACGCCUGGAUUUCCUGGAGACCCUGGACAAAUGGGCCACCCUGGUCUGCAAGGCAUGGAAGGUCGCCGUGGCCACACUGGUAUCCCUGGGUUACCUGGUAUGCCGGGCCGCAGUGUCAGUGUGGGUUACCUGCUGGUGAAACACAGUCAGUCAGAGCAGACGCCCAUGUGUCCUGUGGGCAUGUCCAAACUGUGGGACGGCUACAGUCUGCUGUACUUCGAGGGCCAGGAAAAGGCCCACAACCAGGAUCUUGGUUUGGCGGGCUCCUGCCUCCCACGAUUCAGCACCAUGCCCUUCCUGUACUGCAACCCCGGAGACCUUUGUUACUACGCCAGCAGAAAUGACAAAUCCUACUGGCUGUCGACGACUGCUCCUCUUCCCAUGAUGCCUGUAGAAGAAGGAGAGAUCAAACCAUACAUCAGCCGCUGCUCUGUAUGCGAAGCUCCAUCAGUUGCCAUCGCAAUCCACAGCCAGGACAUUACCAUCCCACAGUGUCCUGUGGGCUGGCGCAGCCUGUGGAUUGGCUACUCCUUCAUCAUGCACACAGCGGCAGGAAAUGAAGGCGGAGGUCAGUCCUUGUCGUCGCCCGGCUCCUGCCUGGAGGACUUCCGCACAACACCAUUCAUCGAGUGUAACGGGGCCAAAGGCACAUGCCACUACUUUGCUAACAAGCACAGCUUCUGGCUCACCUCCAUAGAUCAGUCGUUCCACACUGAGCCGGCAGCAGAGACGCUCAAAGCAGGCCAGCUCCUGUCACGCAUCAGCCGCUGCCAGGUCUGCAUGAAGAACUUGUGAGAGACUGCGCAGCAACGCUGACACAAAGAAGUCAUUGCAGUGACAGUGGUCUAGUGUUGUCUCUCUAUCUAUGUUCUAAAUCAAAGGGGGAUCUGAAAUGCUGAUUUAGAUCAAAGUAAAGUUUUUCCCCGAGCCACUGAGCUCAGAUAUGCAAUGACUGUGCAAUGCCUUGAGCUUUGAGUGAAAUGUCCCUCUGUAGAUAAAACAGGAGAAGCCCCAUAAUGAAGUCAAUAGCAUUCUGGGAAAACAAGUAUUUUUAUGUGUUAAAUGUUCAUUGGUGCUUUUAACUUAUUACCUCAGCUAUUAUGACACAAUGAGCCUGUUUACACCAAAUAUUCACAUGCGUCUGAGGUGGUCGGAUCUCAAGUGGACAGCUCUGUCUGUUCACAUCUGGCAUGAGCAUGUGUCUCCAGUGAUGGGGUUAACAGUUAGCAUCACAUGGCUAACAUUACUUAACGGUUAUUAACUAGUUUGAAGACACAGUCGAGCCAUUUUUGUGUCGGUAUGAGUUUGUUGGGACCGUUAAGGCUCAUUUAUACUCCUUUAUGUCCAAAAAUAGAUUUGUCUAUUUCAGAGUCAAAAGUUUCAGACAAAACAAACGAGGCGACGGUGGAGGAGGUCGUAAUAAUGUACCUUUUAACGAAGGCAGCGCUGUAGAUGGCGGUGGUCUGUGAGGCCAUUAAAUACAUUGUGAUAUGUAGAUGGAGAACUCUUUCACUAUACGUUCCGUUUUUUAAAAUGUCUUCAACAUCUCCUUCGGCUGUAUCUCGCUUGAACUACGCUACACUGCCCCCAUGAUCUCUGGUGUUACUGCUCUGAAAGCUCCGUCCAUCUCCAUAUAUAUAUAUAUAGCUAAAGAUAAGCAUAAAGUAAAGAUCAAGACAGCACUCCAAUUUAAUUGGACUCAAAUUUAAUUAGAGUACCAUCUGUCCUGAUCUUUACUUUGUUACUUACAUUAAGGAUUCAACACCCAGUCUUAAAGGUUUAAUUGUGAGUGAGCACGGCGUCUUAUUUUUCUAAAGUUGAGCAUUAAUGAGCCUUUAUACAGCCGCUGCUGCUGUUAACUCAUGCUAACCAGGCAAAUGUUUAACUGACAGUUUGCAGGGAGUAGAGCAGCUCCAGAGACAGUCCUUAAGCAUUGUGUCUGUGCAAAUGCACCAAGAAAUGUUUUCUUAUCUGGUGGGGCGCCAGAUAAUCAAGAACAUCAGCUGAGCAGGUGGCCGUUCAGUGUAGCUCAGGACACAUUAACGUACACACUACUAAAAGAAUGUGGUCUGAUGGAUCUCAAUACACACCAGGGAUGCAUUUGGUGCAUUCACACCUGUACUUAGAGCUUUCUACUUGUUAUCCGAUCACCCAGGCGCAUGUUAAUACCAGGUGUAAACAGGGCCACUGUUAACGAUCAGAGACCGUAUACUACAGCUGAACCAAAGAUGCCCGUGUGUAUGCACUGCUUCAGUUUAUCUAGAUGUUUUUAUCGUUUAGGGUAUACAGCCCACCAUAAAGCCACUAACACUGCUUCUCAGUCAACUGAAGAAUGUGUCUUGACCAAUCGUUGGUUGAUACUAUUGACGGUAUUAUCCUGCUUUUAUCCCACUGCUCUUAUGAAACCUAUUUUUAUAAUACGACAGUCUUUUCAAGCUGUUAGUCUGUAAUGUGCCUUUAUCAGCUAUUGCAAAAUGGUCUGCAGCUCUUUAUUUUUCUAACACAAUAUGUUCACACAUUGCACUGAUUCUCUUUGUAUUUAUACAAUACAGCUGAAUGAACUUGACCCCCCUCCCUAAGAGUUUAAACAUAUAUCCAUCUAAUACUACUCAUGUCACACUCUUUUCUUUUAUAAAUCUACUUAUUACUGAGCUGCCAACAGGACAGAACGUAAACAGCUCGGAUCAAAGUCCUGACCGCAGCAAAUCCGUGCUGUGGUCACUGAUCCUGGGUUAAAGUAUUUUACACAAUUUAGAAAGUAGGUCAAAUGUUCUACUUCACCUAGAUUCACCCAUUUGGAAAUAAACUGUUUGAUUAGACCAGGAAUAUACUGACAAUUAACUGUAAUGUAAUUUUGGUAAUUUUCAUAACAUGAUUAUUUCAUUGGAUUGUAAAGAUUAAAUGUUGUUUGUUAUA